AUGGAACGUCUUGAAGCUCUCGCUGUACUCGAUAAAUUUGCUGUUACGCGGCAGAAAAAAUUGGUUCCCACACUUCCUAUUAUUCGAGGUGUAAAUGAUGGAAGUAACGGUGAUAAUAAGGAAUUAUUUUCUUUUGUUGAGACCGAGGCAGCUCCCGAAAAUCACGAUCAACCUUUAGCGGAGACCAUACGUCAACAUAUCGAUUAUCCUUCACCACCAAUUGAUUGUAACUCAUUUUUUACCAGAGACGCUUAUGAAAAAUAUUCAUUUUAUUCCUUUCAUCGAACAUGUGAGAUUUUUUCUAUGCACAAAGAAAAAAAUACUGAUAUAUCCGUUCAAAAAAUAUCUGAUAAAGUUGAUAACGUUACUGAUAAAUUACAAAUAAAUGAGCAAAUCAUGAGUCCAAUUAGAAGUGAUGGAGAUGACUUGGUUAUGGAUGAUCAAUGUAGUGAAGAUGAAUCGAAUGAGAUAAAGCAAAAAAUAGAUGUACAGGAAGAUAUAUCUGAAAAACAGUCUAAAGAGAUUGAAUCACAAGAGUCAGUAUAUGUAUCUGAAAAGCAGGUCAAAGUGAUUGAAAUUCAAAAGUCAGUAGAUGUAUUUGAAAAACAGUCUAAAGAGGUUGAGACACAAGAGUCAGUAGAUGUAUCUGAAAAGCAGUCUAAAGAG